CUUCAAGUUUAGCUUGCUCAGAGUCCGUCGUGAUCACCGAGAUUUCCCUUACUUUUGCUUCCUUCCACUUCUCCCCGCCUCUCCCGCUUUUCGCUUCCAAUAAAUGCUGCGGUCGCUGUCGAGUGCGCUGCUGAAGCGACGGCGGCGGUCGACUGCAGACGCGAUGGAAGAGGCGCACCGUCGGUACUUUGACCUGGGCAAUCCCGCGUCUGCGCUGCCGCUCUAUCAGAAGGCCGCUGCGAACGGCUCGGGCGAGGCGCUCUUCAUGCUCGCGCUCUACGAAGAGCUCAGCUUCUACGACCACCAGCAGUCCCCAGCCAACGACGACGACGAUGAGGGUGACGAGGGUGAGGGUGAUAAUAGUCAUCGCAGCAACAUGGACGUGGUGGACGCGUCGGAUGCUGCUCGUCGCUUGCUGCCGACUCUAGACGCAACGGCCGCUUCAGCAUCGACUGCAAAUGCAUCGGCAGCAAGUACCGUCUCAUCGCAGUCGAGCACCGUUGGUGCUGUUGCGGUCGUCGGCGCUGGGGUGGUUGAUUCUGCGGCGCAAUCUCAGUCGACCGCAGCCGCCAGCAGCCACUCGCUUGCCUCGACAGCAGACAGACCAGCAGCAGCAGCAGUAGCAUCAACAGACAGGGAAGCUGCAACAGACAGCGAAGCAGCCCGGCCAACAACAGCCACCACGGGUCAGGAUGAUUCAGCUUCAGCUGUCGGAGUUGAUACCAGCAGCCACCAUGCUCAAGCUCAAGCUCAGGCUCCUCGGCCCAAAGCCCACGCAGCGACGACACCCCAGGCACUCGAGGCGCUGCUGUGUCGGCACCGCGAGCGUGCUGCAGAGCUGUAUGCCAAGGCGGCCGAGAAGCAGUUUGGACCCGCGCUCUACAUGCUCGCCUGGUUUUACCGCAACCAGCUCGGCGGUUUGGCCAAGAACCUCGAGAAGGCCGACGAGCUGCAGCGGCAGGCCAACCAGGCGGGAUGCUUUGACUGGCUUCUCAAGCUCAGCGAGCGUGCAUGUGUCGCAGUCGGUGCGCACGUUGUUCCGGACGAUCGUGCGAUUGAUGUUACCUGCCAGCGCGAGUUGGUUACCGCAAGUGCAACUGUAAAUUCGGGUGCUGUCGCGUCCAACAAGUCCCAAGUGAGCAAUCUACACCCGACGCUCUGUUCGGCCGAUGCGGGCAAGGUAAAGAAUGCAACACAGCAGCAGGUGGCUCCAACGUCGUCCAAUCUCUUGGCAAUGGCCGCUGCACAACUUGCUCAAGCCCACCAGCUCAACUCGCCCGCAGACCCGCAGCCACAAGCCGCCACCUGCUUGAUAUCACCAGAGCCACAUGCGGCUUCUCCUUCUUCGUCUUCUUCGUCUUCUUCUGCUGCAGCAGCUGCGACAACCGCGCACAAAACACAGUUCGUCUGUGGCUGCGUGUGCGAUUGCGGCGGCUUUGAUGUUGAUGCGACAAUGAUUGGAGCCGCAGCACUUGCUUCACCUCCGUUGUCUCCGGUGCGCCCCCAGGGUUUACCCGAAUCUGCAGUAGUCGGAUCGGAAGCUGUCGGUGCAUCGCAACGACCCUCAUCGCCGCUUGAUCUUACGCUGCACCUCCACGACUCGAACGUCUUGCCUCAAACUACUGCUCCUUCUGCGCCAGUAGGAGGGCCGGCAUCUGCUAUUCCACACACCAUGCAACGGGCCAUUCGAGCUCGUGCGUCGAGCACGUCGGCUGUCGGCUCCAUCAAGCGCCCAACCUCGCCGAGUCCCAAUCCAAUGUCCUCGCCUGCUGCUCGCAUCCCUGGGCAACGGCGCGUGUCUGCUGGAGCGUCCUACUCGUCCCUCGCCGGCAUUGCCUUGUCGGUCAUUGAUGCUCACGCCUCCGCGUCCUCGAAAUCUGGCGCACCGUCCCAAACCGGCUCGUGCUCCGCGUCGGGAAACACCACACCUCGACAGCGCGACGAAAGUCCUUCAACAACAUUUUUCGCGUCCUUCCGAAGGCGAUUGUCGAAUAGCUUUCUGGGCUCGUCCUCUUCCAUCAACAGCAGUGCAGCGUUCUGUUCGACGACCAGCUCUGGCAGCGCUCCGGCGACCACCACCACCACCACCACCACCACCAGCACAGCUCCACCGGCCACUGGAAGGCAAGCGGUUUCUCCAACUUCGUCGCUUUUAGCCUCAGCCUUCAUCCCUAUUGAGAGCCGCGCCACAUCGCCCGAUCCCUUGCUUUCACCCUCCAUCUUCUCUCGCGCCUCCUCGCCCGAAGACCCGACGCGCGAGACCCCGCCUCGCUUGAGCGAAACCUUCUUUGGCGAGAGUGUGCAGCAGCUUGCCACGGCCAUUCCCUCCCUGGUCCAGCCCGAGCCUGUGGUUGCAACAAGCGCUGCCGUGUUUCCCCAAAAAGCAUCGCGCGCUUCUUGGUCUGGUGUCAUUACGCCUGCCAGUAGCUAUCCUGACACUGCCAGUGCUGCUCUCCCGAGCUCGCUCAACAAAACCGGCAGUCCUGCCUACCACAUGACCUCUUGCCCGCAGUUUUUGCAGCCUUGCACGCACCACCAACACCGACUGAGCAGUGCCACGCGAUCUCGCCCGACUGCUCAUGUGCAGUUUGCACCGCAGCUGGCGUCCACUUCUCGUGUCUUGUCCUCGUCGCUCUUUGAAGACGGCCUGUCAGAUUCUGAAGAUUUGCAAAUCCUCCCGCCUGUACUCCCGCCCACUGCUCGUCCUUCUAUGCUCAUUCACUUCCACCUGGCACGCUGCUUUUAUCACGGGCUCGGUGUCGCAAGGGACGCCAACCAAGCCAUGCGCUUGUACCGUUUGGCUGCUGCGGAGGGCUGUGUCGACGCCAUCAACGGCGUGGGCGUCAUGCACAACGAAGGGUUUGGCGUUCCUCUCGACCCCCGUUUGAGCGCGCGCCUCUUCAAGCGCGCAUCCGAGGGCGGCUGCGCAAUGGCCACCUACAAUCUUGCCGUUCUGCAUCUCAAAGGCCUUGGUGUGCCGCGAGACCCCACGCUGGCGUUCAACACCUUCCUCCAAGUUGCCCAUCUGUCGCAUACCGAGUUGGCCUACUUGUACGAGACGGGGACGGGCACUGUGAAGAACAUGAGCGAGGCCAUCAAACACUACACGAUUGCUGCCGCGCAAGGGGACGCCAAUGCCCAAUGCAAUCUCGGUGUACUGCACGGCGAGGGCGUGGCAGGCGUUCUCCCUCCCAACCCGACCGAGAGCGCUCGGCUCUUUACGCUUGCGGCCAACCAGGGCAAUGCGAACGCACAGUGCAAUCUUGCUCGCCUGCACCAAACUGGCAUUGGCACAUUCUGGGAUUUGCACGAGGCUGUGCGUUUGUAUCGCCUGUCUGCGGCGCAGUUUCACGGCCCGGCCCUGGCGAAUUUGGGCGUCUUGUUUUUCAACGGAGCGUCAACGGUUCCGCGAGACGUUGUCGAAGCCGCUCGGCUGUUUCGCAUCGGCGCAGAUCGAGGGAUUGGGACGUGUCUCUUCAACUAUGCGCUCUGUCUCGAGACUGGAAAAGGUGUCAAAAAAGACCGCCGCACCGCAGUCCGCUACUACCGCGAGGCGUACAAGAAGGGGCACAACCCGGCCGGACAAAACUUGCGCGCUCUGCUUGGUCUCGAUGCUGGCGAUCCCGUACCUUAGUCGAAUUGUUAGAUAUUGCUUUUGAGUGGGUCGAAAACAUGUGGAAUAGAGAACUUGUCAAUACCGGUUAUUGUUCCAUGCCAAAUAUAUGAGCUCGAAUG